AUACCCCCCUCAAUCUCAACUGGGGUAUCCCAGCUUGAGAUUGGAACAAUGCUGCAGAAAUAAGGGACGAUGAAGACCUUUGGUCAAUACAUCUGCCACUUGAUCAUUUGUAGAAAUAUACUCAACCAACAAAUCUCCCUUUUGAACUCGUUCACGAACAAAGUGAAAAUCUGUAUCAAGAUGUUUUAUCCGAGUGUGAAAAACCGGAUUAGAACACAAAGCAAGUGUCGAAACAUUAUCAUAGUAGAGAAGUGGAGGAGAUGGCAAGAAAACAUGCAGAUCCUUAGGAAUCAAACGUAUCCAUGUUACAUCAGCAGCAGCAUUAGCCAAUGCUUUAUAUUCUGCUUGUGUUGAACUUCUGGAAACACUCCUUUGUUUCUUUGACUGCCAAGAAAUGGGAUUGGGACCUAAGAAUACCACAAAGCCAGUUGUUGAUCUUUUAGUGUUUAUAUCUUAUGCCCAAUCAGCAUCACUAUAAGCAGUUAACUCCAUAGAAGCAGCAGCAGAAAAUGUGAGACCACAGUGCAUAGUGCCUUGUAAAUAACGCAGAAUCCUUUUCACCAAGGAAAAAUGGAAAUCUGUUGGAGUGGACAUGAACUAACAAGCAUAAUUAACUGCAAAAGCUCUGUCAGGACGUGUAAAUGUAAGAUAUUGUAAGGCACCAACCAGACUUACAGUCGUGUGUCUUACUACAGGGCUAAAUGUAUCAGCAUAAUCUAACCCAUGUUCUUGACUGUAGCCUUGUGCCACUAAGUGAGCUUUAUUUCUGGAAAACUUGCCAUAUUGAUCCUUUUAAAUCUUAUAAACCCACUUACUUCCUAUCACAUUCCUAUCAAUUGGUGGUGGGACCAACUCCCAUGUUCCCUGUUUUUGCAAAGCAGUGAACUCUUCUACCAUAGCAUUCCUCCAGUGAUCAUGAACAACUGCUGUUCUAAAAGUAGUAGGCUCAACAGAACCACGAAUAGACAAAACAGCCGUGUAACCCUCGAACACAACAUCAAAAGAUUCACUAGCAUUUUUCUUUCCUAGAGAUGGCACCAGAUUUAAGUCUAGUUGUCAUAGGAUGACUUGAAGAUACAACAGGUAUAUCGGAAUUAGCAGCAGCAUUUGAAUCAUUAUUUGGAUCAAGUGAGAGAGUUAACUCUAAUUGUGCAGGACUAUGGAAGACAGGCAACAAAGCAUUUGAUGUAUGAGAGGAAGAAGAAUUCCCCUGCCCCGGGGGUGAGGAGGGGGUGGGGUGUGUGGGUGAGGAGCUUGUACAAAGAACCACCACUUUGAAGAUGCUGAGUACUAUUCCCUGAUAUUGAGUUGCCCGGAGAACUAAUAUGCGGGCAGCAUAUUACUUACAGAAUCACCACUGUGAUGAACACUGCCAGAUGGUGUAUUCUGCCAAUUAAUCGAAGAAUCCAUACUGUUGCCACUUGAAUCAUCAGACCAUGCACCACAUGUCUUGAGAUAACUUCUUUUUCACUCUGUGAUAACACAUACUACCUUUGUAUCCCAAAGUAUAACCCAAUGUACAUUGAUCAGUUCUAGCAUCCAACUUACUACAAGUGUAGGGUCUAAGAAAGGGGUAAACUGCUGUGCCAAAAACUCUGAGACCUUUCAACUCUGGAUGUACUCCAAACAACUUAAAAAAUGGAGAUUGCAUUUGUAAUCCCUCCAAUUUUUCCAAAUUCAAAUCCCGCCCUAUAAAUCCCAGUCUUCCAGUCUCACCCAUUUUUCAUCUCCCUCCAAUUUUCAAUACCCAAAAUCCAUUUUCUCGAUUUCUCUCCAUGGCCGACUACGAGCCUCCGUCGUUCUCUCUCGGACUCCACCUAGGUUUCGAUUCGCAGCUCCAACCAGCUGCCGCGAACCACUCCACACCCGCCGCAGCUCCAAACUCUUCGCGGGGUUCCAAUGCCGAUACACCCGUUGAGGUAGAUGAGGAGUUCGAGCCUCAAAUCACGGGCCCGGAUCCAGAUCCUGGGUCUCGACCCGGCCGACCGCUCAAGUGGCUCAAGAGAGGGGUGGCUGAGAAGCGGGAACCUACACCGGGACGCCGUGUCGUAAUGUUGACGACGAUAUCGAAGAUUUCUCGUCUGGGGAAGAUUUUGUUCAAGCACAAGCAAACACAUCGAACAAUCUUUGGCAUGGCAUGGCAUGGUUGUAAAAGCUCAAAAAAGGGAAGAAUUAAGUCAGGAAAAUCAAAUGUUGGAACAGUCGAGCAUGCUUCUGGAAACUGGGUGGAACCCAGAAGCUGCGUCAGUACAAAGCGGGUUCAAGCAAAUGCACAGCCUUCUAGUCAAUGGGAUGCGUUUGGUGGAAGUGGGCAAGCUGCUGGUUAAAACGUAUGCAAUUAUGCUUACAAUCUUCCAAAGUAACACUGCCAAAGUCCUACAUUUUCUCAUUGUUGCUUUACCGAAGAAGGUGAAUGAUAUCGGUGGAUGCUUUGGUCAUCACAUUUCCAGAUUUGAAGGAUAUCAUUAAUUGCAAGUGUCAAUGCAGAGAUUUGGGUUUCCGCUUGAAGCUUUCUCAUAGAACUAAGAAACCAGAAUUUGAUAUUGCUGGUGAAAUUUCAUAUGACCCUUAUGUAGGCAUUCUUAUCCGCAGUCACGUGGAUAUAACUGACUUGGCAUUUUAGUUACAAACUGUCUGUUGCGUCUCUGACAUUAUUGAUGUGUGCAUCUCUGUUCCUUCAUUUAAUGCUCUUGUUUUUGUCGCCGGGUUUAUCGUUGCAAAACUGGGCAGGAAUUGAGUGGUUCGGCAGCCUACAGACAGUAUAAGAAGGUACAUAUAAAUCCGUCCGUGCUUCUCCACGUUUCAUUCUUCUCUUAAUGCAGCUCACACAUUUGUACAUUUCAUCGACAGGAAAGUGGACGUUCUGUGCAAGCCAAAAAACCAAAA